AUGGCUCUCGCACCUUCUCUUCCAUAUAUUAUACCGGAACACGUAUUUAUCUCUCCACCCCUCCCCAGCUGGUGGCUUACCUAUCAAGCUCUCGGCUCUUCUUCUUUCUCCCCUUCUUCCUCCCCUUCUUGUUCUUCGUCUUCUUCUUCUUCUUCUUCUUCCUCGUCUUCCUCCCCUUCUUGUUCUUCGUCUUCUUCUUCUUCUUCUUCCUCGUCUUCCUCUUCUUCUUUCUCCCCUUCUUGUUCUUCGUCUUCUUCUUCUUCUUCUUCCUUGUCUUCUUCCCCGUCUUCUUCCCCGUCUUCUUCUUCUUCUUCUUCUUCUUCUUCUUCUUCUUCUUCUUCUUCUUCUUCUUCUUCUUCUUCUUCUUCUUCUUCUUCUUCUUCUUCUUCUUCUUCGUCUUCUUCUUCGUCUUCUUCUUCUUCUUCUUCGUCUUCUUCUUCGUCUUCUUCUUCUUCUUCUUCGUCUUCUUCUUCUUCUUCUUCGUCUUCUUCUUCGUCUUCUUCUUCUUAUUGUCCUCGUCCAUAUGGGUGA